CGUUCAUCAAUCUCUCCUUCAAACAUGGCGUUUCCAAGAUAUUUUGUCCUCUGCAUUCUCUUUCUCUCUUUGUUACGGCACUCUGUCUCCGAUUCCGGCGUCAUCGGAAUCAACUACGGCCGUAUCGCCGACGAUCUCCCUUCUCCGGCGAAGGUUGUUCAGUUGCUCAAGAGUCAGGGAAUCACCCGAGUGAAGCUCUAUGAUGCCGAUUCCACGGUUCUCGACGCGCUUUCCGGGUCGGGUAUAGCCACUACAGUCGCGCUCCCCAACGAAAAGCUCUCGUCCGCCGCGGCUAGCCAGAGUUUCACCGACGGGUGGGUCCAGUCCAACGUCGUACCGUACAAGUCCAUCAUUGACGCCGUCGCCGUCGGCAAUGAAGUGUUCGUCGACCCGGCUAACACCACCGCGUACCUCGUGCCGGCGAUGAAGAACGUUUACGCUUCUCUGGCCAAAUACGGCGUCGCUUCCUCCGUCAAAGUCUCCUCCCCCAUCGCCCUCAGCGCUCUGCAAUCUUCGUACCCUCCUUCCUCCGGUUCGUUCAAGCCGGAGCUGGUCGAACCGGUGAUUAAGCCGAUGCUGAGUUUCCUCAAGCAAACCGGUUCGUUUCUAAUGGUGAACGCGUACCCCUUCUUCGCCUAUGAAGCUAAUACGGACACGAUUUCCCUCGAUUACACUCUGUUCAGAGAUAACAAAGGCGUGGUGGACCCCAACAAUGGCCUCGUUUACAAAAGCCUGUUCGAGGCGCAACUCGACGCCGUCUUCGCCGCCAUGAACGCCGUCAGCGCCGGCGACGUUAAGGUGGUGGUUUCCGAGACCGGCUGGCCGUCGAAGGGCGACGAGAAGGAGGCCGGCGCGAGCGCCGUGAAUGCAGCGGCGUACAACGGGAAUUUGGUCCGGAGAGUUCUCACUGGAGGUGGGACCCCCUUGAGGCCCAACGAACCUCUUAACGUCUAUUUAUUCGCUCUCUUCAAUGAGAACCAGAAGCCCGGGCCCACCUCCGAGAAAAACUACGGCCUUUUCUAUCCCAACGAGCAAAAGGUUUAUGACGUCCCGCUGACGCUAGCAGCCCUGGCGAACGGCCCCAUGAAUAACGGGAGUAAAGCUCAGGUCGUCCCCCCGACUCCGGCGCCGUCCGGCGGCGGCGGCGACGUGUCGACCACCACGGCGGGGCAGACGUGGUGCGUGGCCAACGGCGACGUCGGGACGGAGAAGCUCCAGCUUGCACUGGACUACGCUUGCGGCCAGGGAGGAGCCGAUUGCCGUCCGAUUCAACCCGAGUCCACGUGUUACAAUCCUAACACCCUUGUGGCACACGCUUCCUACGCCUUCAACAGCUACUACCAGAAGAACGCACGUGCCUCUGGCUCGUGCUACUUCGGUGGCGCUGCCUACGUUGUCACCCAGCCUCCCAAAUUUGGUAGUUGCGAGUUCCCCACAGGGUAUUGAGUACAGGAAAGGAGGGAGCUUUUGGGGGAGAAGAUGAUAGAUAUAUUGAUAAUGUUAUAUUGGGGUGGUUGAAUUCUUUAUUAGUACAUUUUUAGUCUAUAUUGCAUAUGUUGAUUAGGUUAGGGUGGUUAUUGACUAUUUUGGCCUUUGUAUCUGGAUUUUAUACUUAAUACGAGUUUUUGUUUUUAUAACUUGUG